UGACACUGCAAGUGUUGACACAGUCUGUGGUUGACACUUAGAUUAUGGCGCCUUUGCUUUGAUGCGGAAAAGUACGCCGCACGUUAUUCUCUUUAGGGCUGAAUGUACAGUGUUUGGGUGUAAAAAGUGAUACGAAAUGGCUAACAUAACUCUCGACAAGGAGGUAUUUCACCGGCGCCUUAAAAAGUUGUUUACCGCAUGGAAGGAAUCCGAGGGAGAAAAUGGUUUCUCCAAAAUGGAUGCUUUAGUGGCUGCUGUGGGCAAAGAUGAGGAUAUUAUCUACAGCAAGUCUGGCGCUAUGCAUACUUGGCUACUGGGGUACGAGCUGACCGACACCAUUAUGGUGCUCACCGAAAACAAAGUCCACUUCCUGGCGAGCAAGAAGAAAAUCGAAUUUUUGAGACAAGCAGAGCCUAAAGAUGAGUCUCAGAUUCAAGUAAAUCUGAUUGUGAGAGAUAAAGAUAAGGACAAUGAGAACUUUAAAACACUUAUUGCCUCCAUUAAGGCGAGCAAGAAUGGAAAAGUGGUUGGUCAUUUCCCAAAGGACAACUAUCCAGGUCCAUUUAUGGAUGCUUGGAGAGCAGCAUUGAAGAAGGAGGAAUUUGAGAUGUACGAUUCCAGUGCUCCGAUUGCUUAUUUAAUGGCCCCAAAGGAAGACUCAGAAAUAACAACUAUUAAGAAGGCUUCUAUGGUUACCGUGGAUGUGUUCACAAAAUAUCUAAAGGAUCAAAUUAUGGAAAUUAUUGAUUCUGAUAAGAAGGUGAAACAUACCAAGCUGGCAGAAGGAGUGGAAUCUGCGAUACAAGAUAAGAAAUAUGUAUCCGGAGUGGAUGUGAAUCAAGUCGAUAUCUGUUACCCAGCUAUUAUACAAUCUGGAGGCAAUUACAGCCUGAAAUUUAGCGCUGUAAGCGACAAGAACAAUCUGCAUUUUGGGUCAAUUAUUUGCUUAUUUGGCGUCCGGUAUAAGCUCUAUUGCUCUAACCUGGUGCGAACCUUGCUGGUUAACCCUACAGAUGAAAUGCAAGCCAACUACAAUUUUCUACUGCAACUUGAGGAGGAGCUACUUAAGAAGCUGCAAGUCGGCGUGAAACUCUCCCAAGUCUAUGAGACUGGCAUGCAGUACAUCAAAAAAGAAAAGCCAGCCUUAGUAGAUAAAUUGACCAAAAACUUCGGCUUUGCAAUGGGGAUUGAAUUUAAGGAGAGUUCAUUGAUGAUUGGACCCAAAACUAGUGCGAUACUUAAAAAAGGAAUGGUAUUUAAUCUUAACAUUGGCCUGGCCAAUCUAACUAAUAAAGAUGCCCCCGAUAAGGAGGGCAAAAUUUACGCUCUUUACAUCGGCGAUACUGUAGUGGUGAAUGAGGGGCAACCAGCCUCCAUUCUAACAAACAGUAAAAAAAAGAUGAAGAACAUAGGAAUUUUCCUCAAAGAUGAUUCAGAGGAAGAGGAGAAUGAUGAGGAAAAGGAAAACACCCCCAAACCAGAGUCAUUAGGACUGCGAGCUAGAAGAACAGCAGUACUUGAAUCUAAAUUGCGAACCGAACAUACUUCAGAGGAGAAGCGCAAAGAGCAUCAGAAAGAGCUGGCUUUACAAUUGAAUGAAAAAGCCAAAGAACGACUGGCUAAGCAGAGUGGAGCCAAAGGAGUGGAGAAAGUUCGGAAGAACACUGUUUCCUACAAGAACGUCAAUCAAAUGCCGAGAGUUCCGGAAAUUAGGGAAAUGAAAAUAUUCGUGGAUCAGAAGUAUGAAACUGUUAUAUUGCCAGUUUAUGGCGUUGCAGUUCCGUUUCACAUAUCCACCAUCAAAAACAUCUCUCAAUCCGUCGAAGGCGACUACACGUACUUGAGAAUCAACUUUUUCACUCCGGGUUCCACAAUGGGGAAAGAUGGUAAUUUUCAACAGCCGGAGGCGACUUUUGUUAAAGAAGUGACUUAUCGUAGUACAAACAUUAAGGAACCCGGCGAAAUUUCGCCACCAUCGUCAAACCUAAACACGGCGUUCCGACUCAUUAAAGAAGUACAAAGAAAGUUCAAGACGCGCGAAGCUGAAGAGAAGGAAAAGGAAGACCUGGUGAAACAGGACAGUCUAGUGUUGUCUUCAAACAAAGGCAACCCCAAGUUGAAAGAUCUGUUUAUUCGGCCCAAUAUUGUUUCCAAGCGAAUGACGGGCAGUUUGGAGGCACACACCAACGGCUUCCGAUACACCUCAGUACGAGGUGACAAAGUGGACAUUUUGUAUAAUAACAUAAAGAAUGCGUUUUUCCAACCGUGCGACGGGGAAAUGAUCAUUCUGUUGCAUUUCCAUUUGAAGCAUGCCAUUAUGUUCGGGAAGAAGAAACACGUCGAUGUUCAGUUCUACACUGAAGUUGGAGAAAUUACAACGGAUUUGGGCAAACAUCAGCAUAUGCACGAUCGAGACGAUUUGGCGGCAGAACAAGCUGAGCGAGAGCUUAGGCAUAAACUGAAGACCGCGUUUAAAAGCUUCUGUGAGAAGGUCGAGAUGAUGAUCAAGCAGGAAAUCGAAUUCGACACGCCUUUCCGGGAACUGGGAUUCCCUGGUGUUCCGUUCCGUUCAACAGUAUUACUGCAGCCAACUUCGGGUUGUCUGGUACAUCUCACCGAAUGGCCGCCGUUUGUAAUCACACUGGAAGACGUUGAGUUGGUGCACUUCGAGCGUAUUCAAUUCCAUCUGAAGAACUUCGACAUGGUAUUUGUGUUUAAGGACUACCACCGGAAAACUGCUAUGGUGACUGCCAUACCAAUGAACUUGCUAGAUCAUGUCAAGGAGUGGCUGAAUUCGUGUGAUAUUCGGUACUCGGAGGGAGUACAGUCGCUUAACUGGGCCAAAAUUAUGAAGACCAUCACUGACGACCCAGACGGUUUCUUCGAGAGUGGCGGAUGGACUUUCUUGGAUCCGGAAUCUGAUGAAGAAGUGGCGCACGAGGAGGAGGAUUCAGAGGACGAAGACGAGGUCUAUCAUCCAUCUGACUUUGAAUCGGGAUCUGAAGAGAGUGAGGAGGAUUCAGAGUACUCUGAGGGUGAUACGGAAGAGAGUGAUGCGUCGGUAGAUGAUGAAUUAGGGUCCGAGGAAGAAUCUGGCAAAGACUGGUCCGACUUGGAGAGGGAAGCCGCCGAAGAAGACCGCGAAAGGGUGUACGAUGAGUUUGAGGAUCGUAAAGGAGGUCGCAAAAACAAUUUCCCAUCUAAGGAUAAAUCGAAGUCAUCAAGCAAACAUUCCAGCUCGAAGCACAACUCAAGUAACCAUAAGAGCAAUUCCAGUAGUCGACAUAAUUCAACCAGUAAACAUAACAGCAGCAGUAGUAGUCGAGAUAAAGAUCGUGACCGAGGAAAGGAUAAAAACAAACAUUCAUCGUCUGGAUCGAAGCACAAAUCAUCUUCGAAUCACUCGCCUUCAAAAGACAAGAGUCGUAACAGUUCCUCCUCAAAGGACAAGGAUCGUCAUAAUUCGUCGUCUUCAGGUAAAAAGAGGAGCCACGAUGAUAGCGGCGAUAAACACAGGUCCAAAAAGCCUAGAAAGUAAACUCCAGUUUCAGGUUUUUGUUACAAAAGACUGUUUUCGGUUAUUCAGUGUUACGAUUUUUCUACAUUGCAAAUAAACCGGUAACAACCAAUUACUUGUUCGUUUAGUUUUCUGUUCGAUACAGAUUAGCCUCAGUUUUGUAUUUUCUAAUGUUGUAACUUGUUAACGCUCUCCACACAAUUACAUGUAUAAAAGUUAGCUUUAGUUAUGUUUUUGAUUCAUACGGCGUUUUGUAUUUUGAAUGUGUGGUGCUGAAAUAAAUGUCUUACAUUUUA